CCGAUAAUCCAUCCCUAAUAAAAACCAGCGAAGAAGAAAAGCGCCUGCUCUGUAAUCUGCGCAUGUGCAAGUCAAUCAAAACACAACCAGAGAUGCAUCUUAUCAGAUUUUGAUUGCUCGUGAAAGAAAAUACUUAUUUUUAUUAUACUUAAACAUCCAUUGUUAACGUUGACACAGAAAACGAUUAUGUUUAUUUGUUUUCCUUCAUAAUCGAACCAAGAAAAUGUUACGAUAACAAUGUAGCUGCCAUGCUAACAGGUGAAGUGGCUAACGCUCAGUGAACGGUAACAAAAUGGAGAGUGUUGCCGUCAAAGAUGAGGUGUCCACGGAGUGUCCUCAGGUGUCAGAGGACGUGGAGAGGAUCUUGGUGCCUGACCUGACUACCAUAAAGACUGAGCAGGCGGUGCGUGGAGCCCCCGAUGACACAAGCCCCCAAAAUGUGGCCAUGGGCAUCAAGUUCAUUCUGCCCAACCGCUUUGACAUGAACGUGUGCUCCAGAUUUGUGAAGUCACUCAACGAGGAGGACAGCAAAAACAUCCAGGACCAGGUGAACUCGGACCUGGAGGUGGCUUCGGUUUUAUUUAAAGCUGAGUGUAACAUCCAGACUUCACCAUCACCGGGUAUCCAAGUGCGCCACGUCUACACCCCCUCCACCACAAAACAUUUCUCCCCCAUCAAGCAGUCCACCACCCUGACCAACAAGCAUCGUGGAAACGAGGUUUCCUCCACACCUCUGUUGGUUCACUCUUUGUCCAUUCAUCAGCUGGCAGCUCAGGGAGAAAUGGUGUUUUUGGCCAGCAGGAUAGAACAAG